AUGUCCGACUCCGCAGGUCGCCCUCCACUGCGCGCGCACCAACUUGCGCUCCGUGCGCCCGGGGUGGUUCGCCGCCGCUCGACGCUCCACAAAACCCGGGCCUACGACCCCGAAGUCGCGCUCGCCGUCCGCUUUGGCGGCGCCGAUGCGACCCCGCCACUGGGCGCGGACGAGGACGAGGACGGGCUCGACGGCUUCAAUUUCGCGUACGGACGUGAGAACGAGGCCGCGGUGGGCGCGGAGGCGCGGACGGGGGUCGCGAGCGUGCCCGUGUCCGCCACGGACAGCUAUGAGGACACGCUCGCCCCCUCGUCCGCGGCGUUCCACCACCCCUCGCCCUUCCCGCAUGCGGGCUCGGACGACGGCCCAGACGCAGAGACCGAGCGCGGCUUCGACGACGACUUUGCCGACUUCGUCGCUGCGGGUCCGCACAUGCCCAUACAUAUGCACCUGCCCGCGCACGGCGCGGUCCGCCUGCCCGAGGUCAUGUACGACGUCGGCCGGCUGACGCCGAUGCAUCCCGGGGCGUCGUACCGCUCGCUUGGGUCCGUCUUCGACGUCGGGGAGGGGAACGACAGCAUGAGCGUCAUGAGCGGGGCGUACGGAGCGCUGGACGACGACGACGGGCUGAACGAGGGCGGGGACCCCGCCCCUCCCGGCCGCGCGGAGAUCCUCGAGACCUCGCGCCGACUCUUCGGCGCAGGCUCGACCGUGCUCGACGUGCGGUAG